AUGAUCCUGGCCGACCUGGGCGCCGAGGUGGUCAAGGUGGAGCAGCCGGAAAUCGGGGACCGCUCCCGCUCCAGCGGCCCCUUCAUCGACGGCGAGAGCACCUACUUUAUGAGCGUCAACCGCGGCAAGCUCGGCUUCUCCGUAGACCUGUCCAAGCCCAAGGGUAAGGAUCUCUUUCUGCAACUGGUCGACAAUUCGGACGUUAUCCUGGAGAACUUCGCUCCGGGGACAAUGCAAAGGCUUGGCCUGGACUAUCACGUCCUGCGAGACCGCAACCCGGCGAUAAUCUACGCCGCCAUUUCCGGCUUCGGGCAGGACGGGCCGUACUCGUCCAAGCCCGCUCUGGACGUGGUCGUUCAGGGCAUGGGGGGCAUACUGAGCAUCACGGGCGAGCCUGGCGGCCCGCCCAUUCGUCCCGGCGUCUCUCAGGGCGACAUCACCGCCGGCCUAUUCGCCGUAAUCGGCAUCCUGUCGGCUCUACAGGAGCGGACCAGGAGCGGGCUGGGGCAGAUGGUGGACAUCGGGAUGCUGGACUGCCAGGUGACCAUCCAGGAGAACGCCUUUGCCAGGUACUUUGCGACCGGGGAGGUGCCCACGCCCCUGGGCACAAGGCAUCCGGUCACGGCUCCAUUCCAGGUCUUCCAGACCUCGGACGGCUACAUAACCAUCGCCCUGAUAGAAGGUCGAAAGGAGCGGUGGCCCCUGCUGUGCUCCGCAAUAGACCGGAUUGACCUCAUAGACGACCCCCGCUUCGACACCGGCUGGACCAGGAGCCAGAACCACCACGAGCUGGAGCCCAUACUGCUCGGAGGCCCUGAUGAAGAAGACCUCCCAGGAAUGGCUGGAGGCGCUGGAGGCGCUGGGGAUCGCGUGCGGGCCGGUCAACACCAUAGACAAGGUGCCCAGGACCCGCAGGUGAAUCACCGAGGGAUGAUAAAGGAGUACAACCAUAGCCGUCUGGGAAAGGUCAGGGCGGUCAACACCCCCGUGAAGCUCUCACGCACUCCCACCGGAAACGACUCGUCGUCGCCUGACCUGGGCGAGCACACCGAUGACCUGCUACGGGACCUGCUGGGAAUGCAGGAGCAGGAGAUCGCCUCUCUGCGAGAGGAGGAGGUCAUCUAG